GAUACAAUAACCGCUGUCAUCGUCGUGCUGAGGCUUUUGCAAAGCAAAAAUGUCUGCCUAAGGGAAACUCGUAACUGAUAUAUAGAGGAUAUUUCCACUCGUAUUGCGGUUUUAAGCCCACGUUUCGCUUUUUUGAGGCGCGUUAACAGAAGGCGGAUCUUCACCAGAUCACCCUAGUCGGAAUUUGAAUCGGAAAACAGGUUUCUAGAUCGCCAGAAUGAAUCCUCAGCAGCGGACUGCCGCUCUCGGAACAGACAAGGAAUUAAGUGACCUGCUGGAUUUCAGCGCGAUGUUCUCUCCACCUGUAGGUGGAGGGAAAAACAGGCCUACCACACUUGGAAGCAGUCAGUUCAGUGCAUCUGGUAUGGAUGAGAGGACCACUCAAGCAUCUUGGGCCCCAGGUGGCGAGUCCAGUCCUUCCUAUGAGUCCUCCCGGGGUUUUGCAGGCAGCCCUCAUUACAACGAUCAGUUGAGUGACAGUCAAUUAGUGUCCCAUGAAGGAGUGUCCUCAACACCUUUUAUGAACUCGAACAUAAUGGGUAAAUCAGAGAGGGCUCCAUUUCUUGGUUUUGGAAGGGAUACUGGAGCUUCUGGUUGUCCGUCGUCUCUAAGGCCGGGCAUUGGGGUGGCGAGUCCCAGUUCAGUGACCACUUCGGGGAAAUCCACUACUCCGUUUUACCCCUUCAAUGCAACCAAUCCCAGAAGACGUCCUCUACAAGAUCCCUCGCCAAUCGAUUCACUACAAACAAAAAAGGUUCGCAAGGUCCCCCCCGGUCUGCCUUCAUCUGUGUACGCACCGUCUCCAAACUCAGAGGACUUCAACCGAGAUUCUCCUUCGUAUUCGUCUCCUAAACCCUCCAGCAGUAUGUUCGCAAGCACUUUCUUUGAUGGUACCCACAGUACUUCUGACCCAUGGAACCCAUCCAGUGGGAUCACUCAGCCCAGCUAUGGGGGAAUGCUCGCAGGAUCUUCAUCUCACAUGGCACAGUCAGGAAACUACAGCACCCUGCACUCACAUGACCGUUUGAAUUAUCCUGCACACUCGGUCUCUCCAGACAUCAAUGCCAGUCUUCCUCCCAUGUCGAGCUUUCACCGGAGCAACACCAGCACUUCGCCAUUCGUCACCGCAGCGCACACCUCGUCCGUCACCUCAGCCGACGGGAUUAUGGUUGCUGCAAACCGGGGAGCGGGAACUGGAAGCUCGCAGACUGGAGAUGCGCUGGGCAAGGCUUUAGCUUCGAUUUAUUCACCUGACCACACUAGCAGUAGUUUCCCCUCCAAUCCUUCGACACCUGUGCGUUCACCUUCGCCUCUGACCGCCACAGCAGGUUCAGCCUCUGCAGGGACCGUGGUGACUGCUGCCGGUCCCCCGUCUGGAAGGCCAGGUACCAACCAGUGGCCCCGUGUCAGUGGACAGCCCCCCUCUUCUCCAAGUUACGAGAACUCCCUCCACUCACUGAAAAACAGAGUUCAUCAGCAGUUGCAUGAGCAUCUCCAGGAUGCCAUGUCUUUCUUAAAGGAUGUCUGCGAGUCUCGAAUGGAGGAUCGUCUGGACAGAUUGGAUGAUGCAAUCCUUGUUUUGAGGAACCAUGCAGUGGGCUCCACCACCAGUCUGCCCAGCGACAUACACGGCCUGCUGGGACAGGCUCAAAACGGGCCAAUAACAACCAUCGGACCAAACUUUCCGGCCUCUGCACUCCUUCCAAACCGGACUGCCAUGGGUGGUGAUGACGCCGCCAGCCUGAGCAACAGCCAUGGAGGCCUGCCCAGCACCGGCUCCACAUCCAGCACAGAGCUCAGCCAUCAAGUGGAGGCGUUCAGAGGUCUCACUUCGGGGCUGUCCAGCCAGGUGCCCGCCUCUCUGGAGCUGAAAGUUGAGAAGCAAGAAAAGGAUGACAUGCACGAUGAUUUCUCUGAUUGUAAAUCAGACGACGAGAGUGACAGAAGAGAUAUGAAGACACCCAGACUGGGCCCACGCACAAGCAGCAUCACUGAAGACGAGGAUCUAAAUCCAGAGCAGAAGGCUGAGCGCGAGCGCGAGAGGAGGAUGGCCAACAAUGCCCGCGAACGCCUGAGGGUCCGAGACAUCAACGAGGCCUUCAAGGAGCUGGGUCGCAUGUGCCAGCUGCACUUGAAAAGCGAGAAGCCUCAGACUAAACUACUCAUCCUCCAUCAGGCUGUGGCCGUCAUUCUUAGCUUGGAGCAGCAAGUCAGAGAGCGGAAUUUGAACCCCAAAGCCGCCUGCCUUAAAAGGCGGGAGGAGGAGAAAGUAUCUGGGAGCUCCAGCGACGCCCAGCAAGGGCACACAGGGGUCCAUCCGGGUCUGACUGACACAUCCAACCCAAUGGGCCACCUCUGAGCAGGAGGCAGAUCGGUGCGACGGAGAUCACUUCUGUCCCGUUUGAGUCGGCGACCUUGCUUCCCGCAGUGACAGACAGGACUCACAGUUUGUGACCCAAUUGGAGGAGACAGACCACUUGAAGCAAAACUAAAGAGUCCUGUACAAUCCAGCCCACCGAUUUAUGAAGAGCUGAGAUUCCAGCUUGCUGCGACCAGCUUCCAUCUGCAAAAUUCUCCCCUCCAGAAAAGCAAACACGAAAAAUAAAUCCUCAGCACAUAUCACUGUCUGCAAGAAGUGAGUUGCUUCUGAACAAUCAGAGACUCUGCAAUCUCCGACCGUAUGGAAAUUGCCUUGUGCCUAAACUGAAUUGACGAAUGCAUUGUAACAGCAAUUUUUAUUUCUUUCCGUUUGUUGUUUUUUUCUUAUUUAUUAUGUUAUUGAACUAUGAAAUGUAUGUCUAAAGGGAAAGGUAGGUAAAUGCAAAGAGCAGCGUGCAGUUUUUCAGUUCAUUAUAGUUUGCCGGCGUCACCGUUGAAACUGAGCACUCCGUCCUGCAGCCGAGGCACCGGGACCCAUCCAUCCAUCCAUCGUCUGAACCCACUUUGUCCUCGUAGGGUUGCGGGGGGGCUGGUGCCUAUCUCCAGUGGUCAGUGGGCAAUCAGGCGGGGUACACCCUGGACAGAGAGUCAGUCCAUCGCAGGGCAACACAGAGACACACAGGACAAACAAUCAUGCACACACACACACACACACACACACCUAAGGACAAUUUAGACAGACCAAUUAACCUAACAGUCAUGUUUUUGGACUGUGGGAGGAAGCCGGAGUACCCGGAGAGAACCCACGCAUGCACAGGGAGAACAUGCAAACUCCAUGCAGAAAGAUCCCAGGCCGGGAAGCGAACUCAGGACCUUCUCGCUGCAAGGCAACAGCUCUAACCACGGCGCCGUUACGCAGCCCGACACUGAGAUUAAUUUAUUGGCCAGUUUGUGACCGCGUUACUCAGAGAAAAACAGAAAUAGUUGUUAGACACGAAUUACUGAUCAGCCUGUGUUUUUAGGGUUCUUUUAAAUUAAAAAAAAGAGAAUAUAUUAUUUAUAUUUAUUUGUCCAUCAUGCCACUGGCCACAUGUCCUACCAAAACUACCUGAUGUUUGUUUCUGUGUAGCUGAGAUCAGGCUCUGCAUGACUGAGCGACGCACAAACAGGUCCAAACACAUCAACAAUAAUGUGCAGAGCGGUGACAGACGAGAGGCAAACUGUAGUUUUACUGAAAGCUCAGGUUUAGUCGUGUGCCCCCCCACCCCACCCCUCGGUGGCGACAAUAAACAUACAGCGAGUAACUCAGCAUUUCCUGUGUAUUUUUAGUGUCUUAACUAAAAAAGAGGGACAUGACUGCCUGGUUGUUCCUUUGUCACAUUGUAUUUAAUAUCAGUAGUUACAGAUUUUUGCAAAAAAUGUUGGGGUGCCAGCAAAUCAGAGAUAGCGUCAUGAGAUGUAGUUAAACAGUAAAAGGAAAACAAAGCAAAACGAAGACCACGUCUUUUCCUGGCCUGAUGAACAUAUAAGUUUUCUUUCUUAAUAUUUCCAAAACAUUAACUUUUGAGCACAGUUAUUUAAAGUAACGCUUAGUUUCUGCUUCUCUUUAUUGUAGCGAGCCUUUUUUCUCUGACGUCCAGCGCUGUGUGUCCAGUUCAAAUCAACGACACAGUUCCAAUAAUGUUUAGAUCAAAGCUCAGUAAAGUCAGCCAGGCUGCAUAUGUCAUGGAUUUUUUUAUAUUUGUUUAUUAAUAAUAAUAUGAAUAAUGGACCGCAGGAGAAAAAUGAUCAAAAACUGUUAUUUUUAUUUACAUUUCAUGACACAUAGUCCAUGGUUUUCUGAUUUGUUUUCCCUUUCGAUGUGCAUGCUUCACGUCUCUCCUUCAGUCUUAAGACUUGCUUUAUAUUCCAAAUAUUUCUUUGUAAAUCAUGUUCUUUCAUUAUGAACACCAUAAGCAGGACUGCCACAUUCAGAAUGAACAACAGAGACUUCAGCUUGAAUUAAAAAAAAACAAAAGUAGAUUAUAUUCAACAUUUAUGUUACUGGAUUCAAACAUAAUGACUUACUCAGCAUUUCUCUGCCUGAAUGUGGCCUUGUUCUUCCUUUCAGUAUUUCAUGACCUCAUAUUCAUGUUGGCAGACUUCAGCUGAGGGUGUGAUGUAUGUCACUUCCAGCUCUAUUUCCUUCUUUUUUUAUUUCCUGUAUUUCUUUGCUCUUUUGUUUGCCAAGUUAGACUUUGCUGUAUUUCCAGAUGCUUUCCCUUGUAUAAUAUGUGACUAAAAAGAAGAAAAUGACAAGAAAAAAAAACAUUUGGCUUAUUUUUCACUGUAGUUAGUCUUUUAUACAACAAUACUGUAAGAAUAUUUCUUGAAUUCUAAAUAUUACUCUUUCUAGAUUUUUGAAAGCAAAAGUUUUGAGUAAAAAGUUUCUUACUUUAUUUUACUAUAUUAGAUAGUAAAAUGUACGGUUAUUUACCACAACAUGUCGAUUAUCACCAGAAAUUUUACAGACGGCAUCUCCUCGAGCAACUGAACAGUCGGGUUCCUCGCACGAGCUCCAGCUUCCUAAACGACAGACUUCCAUUGGUCUCUUCGGUCUCCGUUGUUGAUUGAUAAAUAAAAAAGAAUUUUUUUUGUGUCAAAUAAAAUGUGUCGUUGAUGCACAUCAAAAGAAACAAAAGGAAGGAAAAAUAACGGCAGCAAGAAUUUGAAUUUUCUGUCUUUUUCAACAGAAAAACAAUGUAUAUAACAUUUAUGUUACAAUAAAUGUGCCAUCUUUUUUAAA